AAACAUGCCCUUACACAUUCUUGUAAAACGAUUACCAGUUACAAAUACUAGCGGGUUCGAGAACCCGAAACACACAAUACUCACGGCGGAAGCAGACGUACGGCGACGCCAGACCACCUGAACGCGCCGCCGCUAGUGAUGACAGUCGUGGCUAUCUCCGAUCGGUGGCGCCAUGGAACGCUAGCGCAAUGAAAACGAAUACGGAGAAUUCGCUUCGCUAAUUUCGAGCCCUAAUUGUAUUCAAAUCAAUAUGUGUUUAAUAAACUGUUAAAAGGCUAUUGAUAGGCUAUCAGUAAUUGGUCUAAGGACAUAGUUGAUAACAGUAGAGGUGUAGAAUGGCGGAAUUAGGGCAAGAAUCGGUGGAGUUUUCGACUCUAGUGAACCGAGCUGCAGAGGAAUCUUAUCUUUCGUUGAAGGAAUUGGUGGAGAAAUCGAGAAGUUCUGAAAUGUCGGAUUCGGAGAAGAAGAUUAGCAUACUUAAAUAUCUUGUUAAAACUCAGCAGCGUAUGCUUCGGCUCAAUGUUCUGGCGCAGUGGUGCCAGCAGGUACCGCUAAUACAAUAUUGCCAGCAACUUGCAUCAACCUUAUCAAGUCACGAAACAUGUUUCACUCAAGCUGCAGAUUCGAUGUUUUUCAUGCAUGAGGGACUACAACAGGCUCGUGCUCCGAUUUAUGAUGUUCCAUCUGCCAUUGAAAUUCUUCUUACUGGCACUUAUGAACGCUUGCCAAAGUGCACAGAGGAUGUCGGUAUCCAAAGCACAUUAACUGAAAAACAGCAAAAACCCGUGCUUAAGAAACUCGACACUAUUGUGAGGUCAAAAUUACUCGAAACCACACUUCCCAAAGAGUUCUCUGAGGUCAAAAUCUUUGACGGUACGGUAACACUUUGUGUUCCAGGAGAGUUCAAGGUAUUAUUAACACUCGGAUACCGUGGACACUUGUCAAUGUGGAGAAUAUUGCAUUUGGAGGUACUAGUUGGUGAAAAAAGCGGUCCAGUGAAGCUUGAAGAAACGAGACGGUUUGUUCUCGGAGAUGAUUUAGAGCGCAGAAUGGCUGCUUCUGAAAAUCCUUUUGCAAUAUUAUAUUCGAUUUUACAUGAAUUUUGUGUAGCCCUUGUUAUGGACACUGUCAUCAGACAAGUUAGAGAACUUAGGGUUGGUAGAUGGAAAGAUGCAAUUCGGUUUGAGCUUAUAUCUGAUGGAAACUCAGGUCAAAGUCAAAGUAAUGCUAUUGGUUCUAUGCAAAUGGGUCAAGAUGUAGAAACUGAUUCUGGUGGUUUACGGACACCUGGACUAAAGAUUAUUUAUUGGUUGGAUUUUGAUAAAAGCACUGGAACGUCAGACUCAGUAUCAUGUCCUUUUAUCAAGAUAGAACCAGGGCCCGAUCUGCAAAUUAAGUGUAUCCACAGUUCAUUUGUCAUCGAUCCUGUAACUAACAGGGAGGCAGAGUUUUCCAUUGACCAAAGCUGUAUCGAUGUUGAGAAAUUGCUACUAAGAGCCAUUUGUUGUAAUAAAUAUACACGCCUGCUUGAAAUUUAUAAAGAGUUGGGGCAGAAUAGUCAUAGCUGUAGAGCCGGGGGUGAUGUUAUUCUUCACUCCCCAGUUGAUCAAACUGGUGCUGAUUACAAUAAGGAUGACAUCUUGGAUUCUGAAGGGCAGGAAGUAUUACGUAUGCGUGCCUAUGGCUCAUCAUUUUUUACACUUGGAAUAAAUAUAAGGACGGGGCGGUUUCUUCUUCAUUCAUCAAAAAGUACAAUUGCAUCGUCAGCAUUAAGAGAAUGCGAGGAAGCACUAAACCAAGGGAGUAUGACUGCAGCUGAAGCAUUUAUAAGCUUGCGAAGCAAGAGUUUAUUGCAUUUAUUUGCAUGUGUUGGGAGGUUUUUAGGCCUUCAGGUGUACGAACACAGUUUUUCUCCAGUGAAGGUGCCAAAACAUGUCUUGAACGGUUCCAAUAUGCUUCUCAUGGGAUUUCCCGAUUGCGGGAGCUCUUAUUUUCUGCUGAUGCAACUUGAAGACGAUUUUAGACCGAUUUUUAAGUUGCUGGAAACUCAGCCAGAUCCAUCAGGAAAAGCCGAAUCAUCUGUUACCCGCAUUAAAAUUGUUGACAUAAAUCAAAUGCAUCUGCUUGAGGGCGAACUCAAUUCGAGCCUUCUUGACUAUAACACCCUUACAGUUACAUCGUCUGAAAAUGAUUCAGUCCCUAGUCAGGCUUCUGACCAUGGUCUUCUUUCUGAUUUGACCGUCCAAGGCUCCGGUCUAUCUGGUUUUUCUUCACUAGUAGAUGAAAUCUUUGAGCAAGAAAGGCGAUCCUCUGCAUCUGCAGGUGCAGGUUCAAAUUGGAAUGGUUCAUUGUAUCCUGCGAAUAACAGUUACAGGGGUAGGGUACCAUCUGCGUCCACCAGUUCAAUUACUUCUAGAAGCACAACCAUGAAGAAAAUGUCAGCUUCAAAAUCUGAUCAGGAUUUGGCUUCUAGAUCUCAACAUUCUGCUGAAGUAGGUUCUUAUAUCACUGGUGGUGCUCGAGUUUCUGCAUCAAGUGCAAGAGGAAAUACUUUCAGAAAUUCGGUUUCGACUCCAGCUUCAAUGCCAGAUUCUCCCAUGACUCAAGUCUCCAGAGAAAAUGGAUCAAGAAAACGCACGUUAUUGGACAUGUUGGACUUCCUUCCAUCACUCAAAUCUUCGGAUAUCGUUGCUCAAUCUUCCAAAAGAAGAAAUUUCUCAAACACAACUGCUACUCAAAAUCAGUUAAGCAAUGUCAGUAACAUUGAAAAAUACAGAUAUGUGAAUCUUAUAGCAGAAGCAAAUAAAGGCGAUGCACCGUCAAGUAUAUACGUGUCGGCUCUUCUACUUGUAGUCAGACACUGUUCACUCUGCAUCAAACAUGCUCGGUUGACUAGUCAAAUGGACGCACUCGACAUUCCGUAUGCUGAAGAAAUUGGUCUAAGAACAGCUUCAUCAAACAUAUGGUUUAAACUCCCAUUUGCAAGAAACGAUACAUGGGAACACAUAUGUUUAAGACUAGGUAAAAAGCUCGGAAGCAUGUAUUGGGAUGUCAAAAUUAGCGAUCAACAUUUCAUCGACUUAUUUGAGCUUCAAAAGGGAAGCAGUGAUACUGCAUGGGGAUCUAACGUCAGGAUUGCUAAUGCAUCUGAUAUAGAUUCUCACAUUCGUUAUGAUGCUGAUGGUGUUGUCUUGACUUAUAAUUCUGUUGAAGCUGAUAGUAUUAAGAAACUGGUGGCGGAUAUUCAACGGUUAUCUAAUGCUCGGACAUUUGCUUUAGGAAUGAGGAAACUACUGGUUGUUAAAUCCGAUGAGAAAACAGAAGAAAGUCGGUCCAAAGGUAGUUUAGAAGUGGGUGAUAAAUACAUUGAACAGAUGAGGAAGGCGUUUAAAAUUGAGGCUGUUGGAUUAAUGAGCCUGUGGUUUAGUUUUGGCUCGGGAGUAUCGGGGGUUCUUGCUCGUUUUGUUGUUGAGUGGGAAUCUGGUAAAAAUGGUUGUACAAUGCAUGUGUCACCUGACCAACUUUGGCCUCAUACCAAGUUUCUCGAGGAUUUUAUCAACGGGACGGAAGUUUCAUCUCUUUUGGACUGCAUUCGUCUGACAGCAGGACCUUUGCAUGCUCUUGCUGCUGCAACACGUCCUGCACGGGCCGCUCCAGUUUCUGGUGCGGCUUCAGCUGUCCCGACACUAUCAAGAGCAAAUGUUAAUGGGCAGAUGCCAAAUGGUACAAACCCAAACGUUGGUCAUGGCUCUGGUCCCGGUACGGGUCCUGGUGGAAACCCUGGUGCAUCUGCCAUGUUAACUGCUGCUACUGUGGCUAGCCGAGGUGGCCCGGGAAUCGUUCCUAGUUCUCUGUUACCGAUUGAUGUGUCGUUUGUUCUUCGUGGCCCGUAUUGGAUUCGGAUAAUAUACCGGAAAUAUUUUGCGGUUGACAUGAGGUGCUUUGCGGGUGAUCAAGUUUGGUUGCAACCCGCAACGCCACCGAAAGGCGGUCCUACAGUUGGAGGUUCGUUACCCUGUCCACAGUUUCGGCCCUUCAUCAUGGAACAUGUUGCUCAGGAGUUGAACGGUUUAGACCCGAAUUUCGCUGGUGGUCAACCAUCAGCCGGACCAACUAAUUCCAACAAUUCGGCUGCGUCUCCUGGUCCGCAACUCUCAGCCACAAAUGGUACCCGAGCGGGCCCUACAGUAAUGUCUCGCCCAGGAAACCAACCCGUGGGAUUUAACCGUUCUACAAAUGCCAUGUCAGCAUCACCAAAUUCACUCUUAGUGCGCAGAGCUACUGGCACAGUUCCUGCUCAUGUUAGAGGAGAGCUGAAUACCGCCAUUAUUGGGCUUGGGGACGAUGGUGGUUACGGUGGUGGUUGGGUUCCUCUUGUCGCUCUUAAAAAGGUUCUUAGAGGCAUUCUGAAAUAUCUCGGUGUAUUAUGGCUAUUUGCACAGUUACCGGACCUCUUGAAGGAAAUCCUUGGAUCAAUUCUAAAAGAUAACGAAGGUGCACUUUUGAAUUUGGAUCAAGAGCAGCCCGCCUUGCGCUUCUUUGUGGGGGGGUAUGUAUUUGCUGUUAGCGUUCACAGAGUUCAACUUCUUCUCCAAGUUCUUAGUGUGAAACGGUUUAAUCCUUCACAGCAACAACAGCAGAACAAUUCGGUAAUUGGUCAAGAUGAAUUAACUCAAUCUGAAAUAAGCGAAAUAUGCGACUACUUUAGUCGUCGUGUUGCAUCUGAACCAUACGAUGCAUCUCGUGUUGCAUCAUUCAUCACUCUUCUCACAUUACCGAUUUCCGUGUUAAGAGAGUUCUUAAAACUAAUAGCAUGGAAAAAAAGUUUAGCUCAGGCGCAAGGCAGUGAUAUUCCACCAGCCCAACGAUCACGAAUCGAGUUAUGUCUUGAAAAUCACUCGGGGUUAUAUACAGAUGGAAAUUCAGAGAACUCUUCAGCUUCCAAAAGUAAUAUUCACUAUGACCGCCCUCACAACGCUGUUGACUUUGGGUUGACCGUUGUUCUUGAUCCUGCACACAUACCUCACAUUAAUGCUGCGGGUGGUGCUGCAUGGUUGCCGUACUGUGUUUCCGUGAGGUUGAAAUACUCGUUUGGUGAAAACCCCAAUGUGGGCUUUCUUGGAAUGGAAGGUAGCCAUGGUGGGCGGUCAUGCUGGCUUCGGGUUGAAGACUGGGAAUUGUGUAAACAGAGAGUGAUUCGGACUGUGGAUAUGAAUGCGUCUAGUGGUGGAGAUGUGAAUCAAGGAAGAUUGAGAAUGGUGGCGGAUAAUGUGCAAAGAACGCUACACAAUUCUCUUCAAUCGCUGCGGACUGGCGGUGGUGGUAACACUACUUGACUUAUGGUUUCUUAUACACGAAUAUAGUGAGUUAAGAGUUGGUGGUUUGUGUUGGUACCUGUUUGGGGGAUAAUUACAUGUAUUUUUAGGGUAAAAGUAGGGUAAAGUUUUCCCUUUGUAUAGGAACUGUUUGAAUUAUCCGUCUGUAAUCCGUAUAAACAUUUUGUUUUGUCCGCGGUUCUGAACAAUAACAAAUAGUAGGGGUGCGCAAGUGGUAGAUAGCCUUGUUUUAGUCUUCUA